AUGACGGGUAAAAGGAAGCAUGAUUCAGGAUGUUUCAAGAGAAAGAAAAAAGAGAUGCAAAACAAACUCACACAAUCUUUACAAGGAUCUAUGGAUAGGUAUGUGAAACCUAUCAAUAUAUUGGGUAAUUCAAGUGAGAAUGUCACUGUUAAUGAUAAUUUGCCUGAGAAGUUAGUGGAUGAAAAUAUCAAUGACUUGAAUGUUGAUACUAAUUUUCCUGAGAAUUUUGUGGAUGAAAAUUUUAAUGAUAUAACUGCUGAUGAACAUUUGGCUGAAAAUUUGAAUAACAUGAAUAGUGAUGUUUUGCCUGAUAUUUCUAUGGAUGAAAAUUUAAGUGAUUUGAUUGAUCCGGGAAAUUGGGAGAAGAAUAUGUCACAAAGAAAGAUUGAUUUUUUGGUAGAAAAGGGUUCAAUAAGAGUUUUGGAGGAAGCAUAUCCUGUUAAUGAACAAAAUAGGAGUUUUCGUAACAAACACUACACCCGAUCUUUACUGAAUGGAGAAAAACUUGAUAGGUCAUGGCUUGUGUACUCUCGGAAGAUAGAUAAGGUGUUCUGUUUUUGUUGCGUGCUAUUUAAAAAGGAAAAGGUUGUAUCAAGUCCUUUAACAACAGCAACUAUGGGAUAUAAUGAUUGGAAAAAUAUCUACUCUAGGCUAGAUGAGCAUGAAAAGAGUAACAAUCAUUUAAAUAGUUUGACAGAUUGGAUGGAGUUAGAAACAAGGUUGAAAAAGAAGUUGACAAUUGAUUCUUAUAAUCAAAAAAUCAUAGCUGAAGAAAAAAAAUAUUGGGGUGAAGUUUUGAAGAGAAUCACGUGUGUUAUUAAAACUCUUGCUAGUAGUAAUUUGGCUUUUCGUGGGAGGAGUGGAAAACUCGAUGAUGAUAAUAGUGGAAAUUUUUUAAGUAUAAUUCGAAUGAUUGCUGAGUUUGACCCAAUAAUGGAAGAGCACCUUAGGCGUAUUCGAAAGAAAGAGAUACAUCGUGUUCAUUAUCUUGGCCAUAACAUCCAAAACGAACUAAUACUUCUGUUGGCCACUGAACUCAAGAAAAAAAUUAUUUCUACUGUGAAGGGAGCUAAAUAUUAUUCUGUUAUUCUUGACUGUACUCCUGACAUUAGUCAUGAAGAACAAAUGAGUCUUAUAAUAAGAUGUGUUGAUAUUUCUACUACUCCAAUUUCAGUGGAAGAGUUUUUUAUUGAAUUUGUGAAGGUUAGUGAAACAACUGGAGAUGCACUUUUCAUUCAACUUAAAGAAUCUCUUAGAGAUUUGAAACUUGAUCUCACUGAUAUGAGAGGGCAGGGCUACGACAAUGGUUCAAAUAUGAAAGGACAAUACAAAGGUGUAAGUGCUAGGGUGUUAAGAGAAUAUCCUAGGGCAUUUUACUCUCCAUGUGGUUGUCACUCUCUUAAUCUUGCACUUUGUGAUAUGGCAAUGAGUUCAAUUCAAGCUAAAUCUUUUUUUGGAGUGGUACAACGAAUUUAUAAAUUAUUUUAUGGUUCUACAAAACGAUGGGAGGUUCUUAAAUCUUAUGUGAAGGAUAAAAAUGGGAAUGGGCUUGCAUUAAAGUCAUGGUCGGAUACACGGUGGGAAAGUCGUAUUUCUAGCGUCAAGGCAAUAAGAUUCCAAGUUCCACAAAUAAGAGAUGCGUUACUUCAUCUAGUUGAACAUAGUGUUGAUGCCACCACCACAAGUGAUGCAAGUUCUUUAGUUAAUUUUGAUCUUCAAAACUUUGAUUUUCUUGUGGGCAUGGUUAUUUGGUUUAAGAUUCUACAGAAAGUGAAUAAAGUUAGUAAAAUUCUCCAAAGUAAGGAUAUGGAUAUUGAUGCAUGUAUUACUCUAUUACAACGUCUUAUACACUUUUUUGAAGAGUACAGGAACAAUGGUUUCAAAAAUGCAAAAGAUGAAGCUGGAAAGAUUGCUCUAGAAAUGGGGGUGGAACCAACUUUUCGUGAAACUCGUGUUCGUAGAAAAAAGAGGUUCAUUGAUGAGAGUACAAGUGAUGAGCCAAUUCAAGUUGCUGAAGAUUUUUUUCGUGUUAAUUACUUUUUACACAUUGUUGAUACUGCUCUAUCUUCGCUCAACAAAAGAUUUGAGCAAUUUAAAAAAUAUGAUUAG